AUGGUAGAACUUCCAGCCGCUCAUACAAGUGGCGUUAAAGCUUCCAAUUGCAUCUCGCACACCAGGCAGAGUUAUCCCUUCGAUGAGCACGGUGAUGUCUAUGGUCGCGGCGAGGCCGCAGUUGCCCUGGUUCUAAAACGACUGGAUGACGCAGUCCGAGAUGGAAACCCAGUUCGUACCAUCAUCCGCAACAGUGCCAUCGGUCAGGAUCAAAUCAAGCUGGCCCGGAUGACAUACAACCGUGCUGGGUUGCUGCCGAAGGAAGUUGCGUAUAUUGAGGCGCAUGGCAUCGGCACCAAAGCAGGCGAUCAUGAUGCGCUAAAUGCCAUCGCAGAAGCUUUUGGUAGCUCCCAGGGCCGCCCAGUUCCUCUUUCCAUCGGCUCCACCAAGGGCUCGAUGAGCCACGGUGGGAGUGCAGCUGGUCUGUCAAGCUCGCUCAAGGCAGCUGUCAUUUUGGACUGCGAGUUCCUUGGCCCACCUAUCUUGGUUUUACGCCUCGUGUCUCUCAACUGUGCCAUCGCCAAUUCCGACAAUACUGGUGCCCAUACUGGAGCUGCACAGAUUGUGAACAGUGAAAGACCCCUGGUGCUUUCUCCGGACGGUGCCGAGCUAUUUGUUGAGGACCAUGAAACCUUCGCGACACCUCUGCCUGCAGAUUUGGUUGAAAUCCAGGCCAACAAUCUUGCCAUCAUGGAGCAUGAUUCUUCCGCAAAAAUGGGCUCGUAUGCAGCUUUCGUCGCUAUCGUUGGUUCCAAUGUCACUUCCCUAGCGCUAGGUGAUCAUGUAAUUGCUCUGCUCGGUACCCCCAAGGCAGCUGCAAUGCUUCUGGAGACCAUGGCAGCUUCUUACGCUAUCCGUGAAGUGGGCCGUAUCCUCCCAAGACGGGUUACCGUACUUAUCCAUGGAGCUUGCACGGCAAUAAGCUUAGCUUUCUUCCUUUCGCUAUUAUCGGCCAAUUAUCUACUUGUAAAUAGCAUUGAUGCGAACUGCACUGGUGUCGAUGAAUGGCAGGAUUCUCUGGCGCAUCAGGAACAGCCACAUCCAUCCCCAGGAACACAUUUCAUGACCGUGAACCUCGACUGGCCUGAAGACACUUUGCCCGCCAACAAUGAUGAUACUCAGAUUCAGGAUGAGCUUCGACGUGUCGGUCUUGAGCUCAUCCGAUCGGAUCAUCCGACCCGCCGUCACAGCUUCGACGCCGAGUCCCUGGCGAGUGCAACCGCACCCAAUGGCCCUAUUCACUCCGCAUUGUUCCGUGAGGCUCGGGGCGGCAUCAAUGGGGGUAAACUCGAUGAUGGUGACUAUGAGGAAGAGCAAUCGUUUGAGCAAGUCAUCGCCGCCGGUAACGAGGAUGCUGUAGCCGAGUUCAUCUUGCGUGCGAUAACAAGGAAAAUCUCCCAGUUUCUUUCGGUGGAUGUGGGGACCGUUGAUGAAAUACUGGCUCUGGGCUUGGAUUCUCUGGUUGCUGUUGAGUUGCCGAAUUGGAUCUUGAAGCGGUUUGAGGCGACCUUGCAGUCGUCGGAUAUGCUGAGAAACCAGACUCCGCGUGCACUCGCGGAGAAAUUUGGUGCUCGAUCUAGUCUAGUUAAUGCUCUUGCUUGA